CCCAAGAUCUUUAUAAACGACACUUUCCAAGAAUAUGCAGUGUCCCCAUGCAGUUAUGGUAGAGAAAGGAAUGGCCGCAUCGAUUAUCUCUCUCCCCAUGCUAAAAAGGUGGUGCCACUGAGAAUGCAAAUCAAAGCUAAGCUGCUCAACCCUCCAGAAGAGAAAGAAACAAAAGAAAGAAAGAAAUAGCAUAAUUUUAGGAAUCAUAAUGGGGGAGCCAUGCAUAAUUGACAGAUUCAUAGACAAAGGCAACCCAGUAAGCCACAGGCUCUUCAGAGUCCGCAGGACUGUGUUCCAAAUGCUGGAUGACAGGGGCUACAUUGUGGGCGAUGCGGACCUCAAUAUGACUCUGUCCGAGUUUCGCGUUAAUUAUGGUGAAGAACCAAGUAGGAGUGACCUCUUCAUCUCUACCAAAAGCCGCACUAACCCAAGAGAAAAGAUAUGUGUAUUCUUUAAUGUUAAUGAGAAACUGGCAAUAAAAGAACUUCAAGUGUAUGCAAGGCGCAUGAAAGAUGACAACGUGCAUCAGGCAAUGAUUAUUGUCCAAGGAAAAAUAACAUCAGCAGCAAAAACUGGCAUUAAAGAGAUAUCAACUCGUUACUUGCUGGAAAUAUUUGAAGAGACCGAGUUAUUGACUAACAUAAAGGAGCAUGUUCUUGUACCGGAACAUCAAAUACUCACUGUCGAAGAAAAGAAUGCCUUGCUUAAACAGUAUUCUGUUCAAGAAAAUCAGCUCCCUCGGAUGCUAGAGACCGAUCCUCUUGCCCGGUACUAUGGACUCAAGCGUGGCAAAAUACUCAAGCUCAUAUACAAUGGUAAUUUAACAGGACACUAUGUUACUUAUCGAAUUGUCUGGUAGACUUCGAUAGGUUAUGACAUUUGAAGUUAUGGCACAGAUGUAAAUACGGCUGUUGUCCAUAGAUUUACAAUGGUUGGUAGUUUUCUUUUGCUAUAGAACGUCUUGGUUAGACUCAUGUACUUAUCUGUCCAUGUAUUUACAACUGUCAGUUUACCUGUUAUUAUAGAAACUUGCAGUAAUGUACAUAAAAAUCGGCAGUGUUUUGAUAGUUAAAUGCAGCUUGGAAUAUGAUUUGUACAAUUGGUUUUA